AUGGCGCGUGUCGGCCGCGUUGGGUUUCUCACCCUCGCGGUGGUCUUCCACCUAAUGUACGCCUAUUCCAUCUUUGACAUAUACUUUGUCAGUCCGAUUGUUAGUGGCAUGAGAUCAUUCGGCGUGGAGAGAGGCGUCAGUGGUGCAGCACCGGCCAAACGUCUGGUCCUAUUUGUGGCGGACGGCUUGCGCGCCGAUAAGGCGUUUCAAGCAUUACCUGACCCAGAUGCACCUGCAGAUCUCGAAAACGAAGAACCGAUCUACCUUGCACCCUUUAUUCGAUCUCGCGCUCUCUCUUACGGAACAUUCGGCAUCUCCCACACCCGAGUUCCCACCGAAUCGAGACCCGGCCAUGUUGCGCUUAUCGCGGGGUUGUAUGAGGAUGUUUCGGCAGUGACGACGGGUUGGAAACUCAAUCCAGUAGACUUCGAUAGCGUCUUCAAUAGAAGCCGGCAUACAUGGAGCUGGGGAAGCCCGGAUAUUCUUCCAAUGUUCAAGGAGGGCGCCGUUCCGGGAAGGAUUGACGCAGACACAUACGGAGAAGAAGCGGAAGACUUCUCGGCUGAUGCCACCAAGCUUGACAUCUGGGUUUUUGAUAAGGUUAAGGAGCUCUUCGCAUCAGCAAAGAAAAACCCGGAGUUAGAUGCGAAAUUGCGAGAAGAUAAACUGGUCUUUUUCUUGCACCUUCUUGGUCUAGAUACUACUGGCCAUUCCUACCGUCCCUAUUCGAAGGAAUACCUGCGCAACAUCAAGCUAGUGGAUAAGGGUGUGCAGGAAAUAACGCAACUUGUGGAGAGUUUCUACGGCGAUGGCAAGACGUCAUUUGUAUUCACCGCGGAUCAUGGUAUGAGCGAUUGGGGAAGCCAUGGUGACGGUCAUCCUGACAAUACUAGAACUCCGCUAGUUGUUUGGGGAUCUGGUGUUGCAAGUCCCAGGUACACACACGAGGGAACCAUAUCAGGACAUGAAGAUGGAGUUUCAGCAGACUGGGGCCUUGAUAGCGUUCACCGAAAUGAUGUUGCGCAGGCAGACGUCGCUGCCCUCAUGGCCUAUUUAGUUGGACUUGACUUUCCCACCAAUUCCGUUGGACAAUUGCCCCUCGGGUAUUUAGAUACCAGUCCUAAAGAUAAGGCGUUGGCUGCGCUUGCGAACGCGCAGGGAGUUCUUGAAAUGUAUCGUGUCAAGGAAGAGCAAAAGCGGGACGCAUUGUUACGGUAUACGCCGUUUGAGCCUCUUGCGGAUAGCGGCGAGACAUCCGUGCAGGCGCGUCUUGAAAGGAUCAAGACCCUAAUUUCGAACCAGUCUUAUGAUGCCUCAAUUCAACUGAGCUCUGAGCUCUUAGUCACAGCGUUGGAGGGCCUGCGGUACCUUCAAACCUACGAUUGGCUCUUCUUGAGAACUAUCGUCUCCUUAGGGUAUUUGGGCUGGAUUGCGUACGCUCUGACGACAGUAAUUCAUCUGCAUGUCUUGCACGGGAAAUCCGAGUCGAACCGCACCACGUUCAGUAUCAUGUUCUUUUCAUCUGUCCUCGUUGCGCUCUUCUCAAUCUUGCUAUAUCAGGGCUCUUCAUGGCGGUAUUACUUCUAUGCGCUAUUUCCCGUCUUUUUUUGGGAAGAAGUCUUCGCACGGCGAAAAGCCUUGCUUGCUGGUCGUGAGAUACUCUUGGGUCAUGUCCAUUCUGUAAGCGGAUACUUUGCAUUCGCCAUACAGUUGUUGCUAUAUGUUGGUGUAUUGGAGGCAUUGGUACAAUCCUACUUUCACCGAGAAGUCUUCACUGUUUGCUUUAUCUUGGGGGCCUUUUGGCCGUUUACCUACGGUAUAAAGUUCCUUAGAGGGCAUAAGCUGCUUUCUGCAUCAUGGGCACUCGGCUGUUUCCUCAUGAGCAUGUUUACCCUCCUGCCUGCCAACAAAGUUGAGGACAUGAUGAUGAUUUCCUGUGGUUCCCUAUUGAUGUUCUUGACGGGCCUACUAUAUCUUAUCUUUGAACGCUCUAUCUUGGGACAGAAGCCCUCUUCCAAUCAAAACUCAGCUGUCUCUAGCUGCGGCUCGCGAACUAUUAUGGGUGCACAGGUUGGUAUGAUUCUCCUGGCCUUGAUCGUGACCAGGUCAAGCGCAGCAUCUCUUCAGGCCAAGAAGGGCCUUCCUCUUGGAAACCAGGUACUUGGGUGGUCUAUCUUGGUUUCGUCGCUCCUGCUGCCGUUUCUCCACCGUCUGUAUCCCAACAGUCACUACCUGCACCGAUUAAUGGUUAUCUUCCUUACCUUUUCUCCGAUAUUCAUUAUCCUUACCAUCUCAUACGAAGGCUUAUUCUACUUUGUCUUCUGCAUGACUCUACUGGCAUGGAUCCGGCUGGAGCAGGCCAUAUACGUUCAUACUGCAGCCCCAGCUAGGGAGCGGCAUCAUGGUGUGGCAAAUGGCUCUAUAUCCGCGAAGAAACCAAGUACAGGAAACACUGUGGUAGUCGAAGGCCAACCCUACCGAUACCGGACGCUAAGCGUCUCCGAUGCACGCGUGGCGCUCUUCUUCUUUUUCCUCCUUCAGUCGGGAUUUUUCAGCACCGGAAAUAUCGCAUCUGUAUCGUCCUUCUCGCUGGACAGUGUGUACCGACUUAUCCCGAUCUUUAACCCCUUUUCUCAGGGCGCGUUGUUGAUCUUGAAGCUUCUGAUCCCCUUUGCGAUCAUCAGCGCCAACCUGGGCAUCCUCAACCGCAGACUGGAGGUGGCCCCUAGUGCUCUGUUUAUGGUUGUGAUGUCCAUCUCCGAUGUGAUGACCUUAAACUUCUUCUACAUGGUCCGUGACGAAGGAUCCUGGCUGGAGAUUGGCACGACGAUUAGUCACUUCUGCAUUGCCAGUUUCUUGUGCACCUUCGUGGCAGUCCUGGAGUUUUUAAGUGAAUUAUUCAUCAGUGGAGUGGACUUUGGACACCCCGGCACCGUCGGAUCCGCAGUUGCGAAAGCUGUCAAUGGGUCCGUGGCGUGUGGGCAUUCUCCAGAUUCUGAUAAAUCCGGGGAGGAUACCACACGCGUGGGGAUCACCGCCAAGGCGGACCCGGAUGCCCGUUCAUAG